UCGCUCGCGCUGCCAAACAUUUGCACAGUGCGGGUGCCACCGUGGGAGUUCAGCAGGGGGACGCCCGCGCGCUCUUCCCGGACGGAUUUCCGCGGCGCUUUGGAUUACUCUUGUCCAGCUUUUCAGUCCGCUAUUCUCGUGCGUAAAGAAAUGUCCUGCGCGGCUGGGGAAGAUGGAUCGUGACGCGCGAGGACGGAGCUGAGCCGCGAGCGCGGACGCGGUGCAGUUUGGCGCUGAUAUUGUUUUUCUAUUACUCUUUUUUUGUUGUUGUUCUGUUAGCUUUUUUUGCGCUUGAAUCGGAGGAUGCAAACGCUUUUUGGUGCGCGCUGCUGCGGCGUUUUGCACGCGGCUGUUUUUUGCGCAUUUGGCACACGGGCGAAAUUAAUGCUUAGAAUAAAAUUUAAACCGCAAAAAAUUAUGUGAUUUUUUUUUAUCAUUUCUGCAAAGAGAUGCAAAACGACGCUGCUUUUGAGCACACGUGCAGCGCGCGCGCGGAAAUACUCUCGGCAACUUUAGUUAUUCUCUGUUAUUGUUUUUCUUUUUUUUCUUUUUUUGGUCUUUCUCUUUUUUGCACGGAGGCGCACCGAGGCGAACGAACCGAGGUGCGGACGGCGGAGCUGCCGGUGUUUGGUUGUUGCUUUGCUCGCUUGGACCCCCGGCAUCUUGGCCGCUGGGGACGUCGUGGUCGUUGUGGACGUCGUGGUCAUCUUUUUUUCCCACCGCCCACCCUUCUUCCACAUUUCUGGCUCGCGCUGAGCAAUGACGGCUCGCGGGCUCGCGCUGCUGGCCCUGCUGCUGCUGUUGGUACCCUUCCUCGUGCUCCUUCUUGCCCCCGCCACCUGCCUCGCGCACCCGCAGCCGUGCCAGGUGCUCAAGCUCGUCGGUCACACGGUGCGUGUCGGAGCCUUGCACCUGCAGCCGCGCGCGCUCCGGCAUCAUCAACAGCAGCAACAACAGUAUCAGCACCAGCAGCAGCAUCAGUCGCAGCAUUCUGCCGUUCCCAGGAGGAAAACUUUGGACCACGACUGGGAGCGGGACUGGGACCGCGACUGGGAACGGGACUGGGACCGAGACCUGGAGUCGGGGGUGGUCGCCAGAAGCGUGAACGAGCUGGGCGCACGAGCCAUCAGGGGUAGAGGCUCGAGCCACAAAGGCGCGAAAAGUAAGAACGCACUCAAACAAGUGGAGUCGGAGAGCGCGUUCCUGCCCCGGGACUCCAUUCUGCUCGCCACCGAGACGCUCAACCGCCUGCCCGGCCUGCUGCCCUACAACCUGUCGCUGGAGAUCGUGAUGGCGGUGGAGGCUGGUCUCGGGGAGCUGCCGGCCUUCUCCUUCCCGUCCUCCUCCUCACCCUCCUCCACCCCGGCCUGCACCGACCCCGUCUCCUUCCUGCACAGCGUCUGCCACACGGUCAUCGUCCAGGGGGUCUCUGCCAUCAUGGCGUUCCCUCAGAACAGGGACGAGUUGGUCAAGCUGGAGUUUAUCUCGACGUCGCUUCAGAUUCCGGUCGUCAGCGUCGUUCAGAGGGAGUUUAGGCGACAGAGUAAGAACGCCCUCCACUUCCAGAUGGCCAUGAUGAACCCCCCAACUCCUCAGGCUGAACUCAUCUUCUCCCUCCUGUCCAUCAAUAACUGGUACGACGUCAGUCUGCUGAUGUGUCAAGAACUGAACGUCUCGCGCUUCGUCUUCCUGCUCCGCAACAACACCAAAUUUCACCUGGGGUCCGUGGUCAACAUCUCCACCAACUCCAGCAACAAGGGGGACUUCCAGACCACCCUGCAGGGCCACCUGGACUCCAUCAAGGACUCCACCUCCACCAUCGUGACGUUCGGAUGUGAUAUUCGGGACAUAAAGAGGAUCUUUACCACGGUGCUGAAGUUUGGGUUGAUGCUGCCUGACUAUCACUGGAUUUUAGGCGAUUCCCAGAACGUGGAGGAGUUAAGGACCGAGGGGCUGCCAAUGGGUCUGCUCGCACACGGGCGAAUGAGCCAGCCCUCCCUGGACCACUACGUCCAGGACGCUUUGGAGCUCGUGACCAGAGCCGUGGGGUCUGCUGCCAUGGUCUCUCCGGAGCUGGCGCUCAUCCCUGGCAUCACAAACUGCAUGGCUAUAGAGGAGAAGAAUCUCACCUCAGGAAAAUAUCUGUCCAGAUUCAUGGCGAACACGUCGUUUGAUGGACUUAGUGGCUACGUUCACGUUCGAGAGGAAUCUACCGUUAUCUCCGAAAGCCAUCACUUCAUCUGGAACCUGCAGCACGACCCCAUCGGGAACCCCAUGUGGACCCGGCUCGGGUCUUGGAAGCAGGGGAAGGUAGUGAUGGACUACGGCGCCUGGUCCACCAACAGACAGUCCUACCCUGGAGGCGACUGGAGGCAUUCCUCGAGGCUGCACUUGAGGGUUGUCACCCUAGUGGAGCAUCCCUUUGUGUUCACCCGAGAAGUGGACGAUGAUGGGCAAUGCCCUGCAGGGCAGCUUUGCCUGGAUCCGCUAACGAACAAUACGGCGCUACUGGAGAGCCUCUUCCAGGGCCUUCAAGGGGGAAACGACACCGUUCCAAUGGAGUUUAAGAAGUGCUGCUACGGCUACUGCAUUGACCUUCUGGAAAAGCUAGCCGAGGACAUGGGCUUCGACUUCGACCUCUACAUUGUCGGGGACGGAAAAUACGGUGCCUACAAGAACGGCCGCUGGACCGGUCUAGUAGGCGACCUCAUGAGCGGAGCGGCACAUCUGGCGGUCACCUCCUUCAGCAUCAACUCUGCUCGCAGCCAGGUGAUCGACUUCACCAGCCCCUUCUUCUCCACCAGCUUGGGCAUCCUGGUCAGGACUAGAGACACAGCUGCACCAAUCGGAGCCUUUAUGUGGCCCCUGCACUGGAGUAUGUGGCUUGGAAUAUUCGUGUCCCUGCAUGUGACCGCAGUGUUUCUGACCCUGUACGAGUGGAAGAGUCCUUUCGGGAUGACGCCGAAGGGACGGAAUAGGGAUCGCGUCUUUUCCUUCUCCUCAGCUCUUAACGUUUGCUACGCCAUCUUAUUCGGAAGGACAGCCGCCAUUAAGCCGCCAAAGUGCUGGACGGGCCGUUUUCUCAUGAACCUCUGGGCUAUAUUCUGUCUGUUUUGUCUGUCUACAUACACGGCCAAUCUCGCUGCCGUAAUGGUCGGGGAAAAAACUUACGAGCAGCUCUCAGGUAUACACGAUCCGAAGCUCCACCAUCCAUCACAGGGCUUCCGGUUCGGAACAGUGCGAGAGAGCAGUGCUGAGGAUUAUGUGAAAAAAAGCUUCCCAGAGAUGCACGAAUACAUGAGGCGCUAUAAUGUCCCUACGACCCCCGAUGGAAUAGACCACCUUAAAGCUGAUCCUCAGAAACUGGACGCUUUUAUCAUGGACAAAGCCCUCUUAGACUAUGAAGUGUCCAUUGAUGCUGACUGCAAAACUCUCACAGUGGGGAAGCCAUUUGCAAUUGAAGGCUACGGCAUUGGUCUGAAACAGAAUUCCCCUCUGACUUCAAACAUCUCAGAGCUGGUCAGUCAGUAUAAGUCAGAUGGAUUUAUGGACAUGCUUCAUGAUAAAUGGUAUAAAGUGGUGCCCUGUGGUAAAAGAAGUUUUGCAGUCACAGAGACGUUACAGAUGGGGAUCAAACACUUCUCAGGGUUAUUUGUAAUGCUCUGCGUGGGCGUGGCGCUGUCUCUGCUCACCACCAUUGCUGAACACAUCGUCCACCGCUGGGUGAUCCCCAGAAUGCAGAACAAGCCGCAGUACCAGUACUGGCUUCACACCAGUCAGAGAUUACAUCGAGCACUUAACCCGACCUUCAGCGAAGACAAAUUAGCCACUGUGGCGAAACCAGAAAAAAGGUGCAACAUCGGGAACAACCAGCAGCCGCUGUGGAGCACUUCAGAGAACUCCAUCUGCACCCGGCGGCAUCCGUCCAACCAGGAGGGGCAGCAGAACGACUUGGAGUGUUUACAGUGCAAAGAGCUCUCGCUCCCGCCCCCGCCGGUGAAGAGACAGCUUCCCCUGCAGGCCACGUCCAACGGGAAAACGGACCUGCUGGGCCUGGCGCGCAACCCCAUAGUGCAGGAGCUGACGGACCUGGAGUCACAGAUCCAGAUCAUCAAGCAGCAGCUGCAGAUAGCCAUGAAGAAGAAGAAAGAGCUGGAGCAGUAUCAGCAGACAAAAAUGGCAAGUGAGCCCUAGAGCUUCCGGAGCUCUUUUUGUGGCCGGACUCUCGUGUGCACUUUUCUCGUGCAGCGCUCUGAGACUCGGACCUAAUGGCGGAUUAUCGCAGAUUCGCUUCCUGAGGGAGUGAAGCGGUCUCAGUGUGUACCUCUGCACAUCUUUUUAAAAAGGCAGCGUUAUUUUUCUCUAUCGAUUUCUUUGGAAUUCACACUGGACUGACCAAAUGCUGCUCUGAAUAUGUGGGAGAGGAUGCUAAUGGAUAAGAGAGUCAAAGGGUUAAAAAAAGGCCGAUUUAUACUUCUGCACCAAGUCAAUCUGUGUAGUUGAGUUGCAUUGGGCAUCAAUUGCACCAAUAAAACCCUAGACUAGGGGUUGGCAAUUAAGUUUUGCCGCGGGCCAGAUAUUUUCCAAGCCAUUACGUGGCAAGCCACAAAAAAAAAAAAUCUGUUUUGGAAAAUGAAGUGUAAUGGGACGAAGCACUACAGACUAGAAGCACUACUGGGCUCUCCAGCCCAGAGGGUUGUUGAACCCAAUUGCAGAACAGCUGACCUCAAAGCAGGUAAACCGAAGAAGAAAGGAAUAAAUAAAUAAACACACCGCUCCUCACGCAGGAUCGAACCCGUGUCUUCAGGGUCAUGGUCCAAUACACUAUCACUGACCCAGCUAGUGAACUGAGACAAAAUAUAAGCCUUUAUAAGGAGAAAGAGAGCCCAAGAACAGGCGGAAAAACAUGAACGGGCGGAAACUAAAGUCACGCCGAGUGCGACAGAGAGAGACAGGGGAGGAAUGUAAACAAAAGCUCGCCAGAGAAGCAUUUUAUUUAUUUUUUAUUUUUUCAUUAUCGUUCAUUAUAGUUCAAACAACCUCACGGGCCAGAUGUUGCAAGCUCCUGCAGGCCACCUAUUUUUAUGUUGCCGACCCCUGCACUAGGCGAAGACGGCAAAGAUGGCAAAGAAUGAAAUUUUUGAGAUGCACCUGAAUUUCUUAUCCUAGGAAAAACAAGUGCCAAAAAACCUUCAAAGAACUUUCAUUAAUUUAGAUUUUUUCAUUAUUUCUGAACAUAUCAAUCCUCCCUAUUACAUUAAUGCAACACAGAUUUGAAGCAGAAGCAUAAAUCGGCCCUCAGGAACCUGGAUACGGCCAGCAUCCCCCAGAGCUCUACUUUCACUGGUACUGUAGUGUGUGUUUUUGUGCGGGACUGUCCGAGGGGGGAAGAUGCUCUGUGUAUCAAAGCGACAGGUGUUUAUUUAUGGUGUCACAGUGUGAUGUAUGGUAGCACCUCCUGCAUAUUGAUAUAAUGCGCUCCACCGUUUUAUAGAAGAAAGCAUGAUUGCUGCCUCUCGGUUUGCGACGGGGGAGUCUUUACUGUCAACUGCUAAAGGGUUCCCGGCCUGUUCAUUAAAAAAGCUUUCACAUAC